AUCCGUGGUCUUUAAAGAGUUGGACCAAGCUGUGGUGUGCCCUGAAGCCUGGAGUUCUUUUGAUCUAUAAGACCCCCAAAACGGACCACUGGGUGGGCACCGUCCUGCUCAGUGCAUGCAAGCUGAUUGAGAGACCCUCCAAGAAGGACGGCUUCUGCUUCAAGCUCUAUCACCUGGACAAAUCCAUCUGGGCUGUCAAGGGUCCCAAAGGAGAGAAUGUUGGCUCCAUCACGCAGCCUCUACCUAGCAACUACCUGAUCUUCAGAGCAACAUCUGAGUCCGAUGGCCGGUGCUGGAUGGAUGCCUUGGAGCUGGCUCUCAGCUGCUCCAGUCUCUAUAAGCUGACCACCAAAGGUGGGAGAGAAGCAGAUAUCAGCACGUCUUCAGAGUCUUCCAAUAUACUCCACCUGCUGCAGUCUACCACACUCAUUGAUGCAGAGCUGCUACAAUUAAAUGACACUGUGCUGCUGGGCAAUCACCACAUGGAGCAUGACGGCUUUUCAGACAAAUCCGAGCGUGAGGCUCAUGAUGACUGGGACACGACAGCUAAUGAAAAUGGUGGAAGGCUGACGGGGGAGAGCGACAUGGACCAAUCAGACGAGCUGUCCCCCGGGCCGCAGGCUACAGCCUAUGUAGAGCAGAGCACAGAGGAUAUGGCUGAGGCUGGGGAGGCGUCCCAGGUGGAGACUGUAUCAGAGGAGAACAAGGGUCUGAUUUGGGGCCUGCUGAAGCAGCUGCGGCCAGGCAUGGACCUGUCCAAGGUGGUGCUGCCCACCUUCAUCCUGGAGCCACGCUCUUUCCUGGACAAACUGUCUGAUUACUACUACCACGCCGAUUUGCUCUCACAAGCUGCACUGGAGGAGAGUGCAUACGGUCGGAUCAAGCAGGUACUGAGAUGGUACUUGUCUGGCUUCUACAAGAAGCCCAAGGGUCUGAAGAAGCCAUACAACCCAAUCCUAGGGGAAACGUUUCGCUGCUGCUGGCUUCAUCCUCAAACUGACAGCUGCACUUUCUACAUAGCUGAACAGGUGUCCCACCAUCCUCCCAUCUCUGCCUUUUAUAUCUGCAAUAGGAAGGAUGGUUUUUCUAUCAGCGGGAGCAUCCUGGCCAAGUCCAAGUUCUACGGUAACUCCCUGUCAGCUAUUCUGGAUGGCAAAGCCAGGCUGCUGUUCCUGAGCAGGGAUGAGGAGUAUGUCAUCACCAUGCCGUACGCUCACUGCAAAGGUAUCCUGUACGGCACUAUGACACUAGAGCUGGGUGGGAAGGUUACGAUUGAGUGUGAGAAAACAAAAUGUUUCACUGAGCUGGAGUUCAAACUCAAGCCUUUCCUCGGAGGCGCCUGCUCUGUGAAUCAGAUCAGCGGGAAGAUCUCUGUGGGAGAGGAGCUACUGGCUACCGUUGAUGGACACUGGGACGGUGAGGUGUUCAUUCAUGAGAAGCACUCGGGCCAGCAGGAGACCUUGUGGAACCCGAGUCCAGACAUUCGCAGCAGCCGCCUCAAGAGACAAGUGGUCCAAAUAGACCAGCAGGGAGAGUUUGAGUCUGAAAGACUGUGGCAGCAUGUGACCAGUGCCAUCAUGGAUCGGGACCAGCUAAGGGCCACCCAGGAGAAGUUUGUGCUGGAGGAAGCUCAGCGGACCGAGGCCAGGGAGAGAGGAGACAAACCCUGGACCCCACGACUUUUCCAUCAGGACCCCGUCACCUCCGAGUGGACCUACAGGCACAUGGACACGCAACCAUGGGACCCUGAGCGCUCUCUGGUUCAGUUCGAGAAGGAUGGAGUGAUUCAGACGCACGAGAAAAGCCAGAGGCGACACAACAGACUCUCCUACAGCCACAGCUGGGCCAGCCGACAGAAGGCUGAGGUGAACGGGAAGCACAGGAAAGCCAGCAGUCAGCCGUCCAGCUGCAGCCAGAACACUGAGAGCAGCAGCACCACACCAGAACCCACACACGAAUCCUCAGAGGGUGAAGGGUUCUCAAACCAAUGUGCACGGUGCAAUAAAGAGGUGAAGGACAUUGCCAUGAUAGAGACCACCAUCACAUCUAUUCAGAAGACACAGCAGGACAUCCAGAGGAACCUGGUGGCUCUGAGUCGUCAGCUGGCUCGUCAGAGGGCAACAGACGACAGCGCAUCGUUAACAGGCCGCCACUGUCUCAUCCUCUGUGUACUGCUCCUCUCACAGCUCCUGCUCAACUACGUCUUCACCUGAGCCCGCUCCUUGGGGAGGGGUUUCCCUCUGGCACUGAUCUGGCAUUAGAUCCCUCCAAAAAGCACAGUCUCUAAUCAGCAGCUGAGACCUCGGAUCAGUGUUAGGAGGGCAACUUUGUCCCUUUCUGAUUUCCUCUAAGAGAUGAGGAGCACGGACAUUAUAGCAAUAAACACAGCCACAGCCACCGCCUGUCAGCCAUCUGCAGAGAGUAACGGCACCCCCUAGUGUAGCCAGACUGAAACAGCACCCACGCACUUUGGACAGGAAAGGAGGGAUGAAAAACAAGCAUGGCUCAAAAGAUUUUGAAUAAAAAAAGAGGAAAUGUAUGAUGAAGAUGAAGAAUGCUUUUGCAAAAAGAUAUGACAGAGAGGAUGUUUCACCAUUCCUUAGUGUCUUUUUAUAUUGCCCUGCAAUACUGUUUAUCUGUUAGUGUGCCUGUAUGUGUGUUGUGUACCUACAGUACAGUAGGCCCUAUGGGCGCAGGCAGAUCACCGCUUGGACUUCUUCUACUCCCCUUCCACUCCAGAUUCUGGGCCUUAACGCUAAAGCCAAAAAGAAGAAGAAACCCACGACGUAUACAAACGAAGGAAUAUCUUCCAACAGUGCAAUUGUGUGUGUUUUGUAUCGAUGUACGCUCAAAUACACUCUGUCUCAUCUUUUAAUGAUGAUGAAUUUACCAAAACAGUAUUUAUAAUCCGAAAGGACAAAGAGUACUUGUUUACAGGGAGCACUGUUUGUGUUUGUAUUGACACACAGGAAGGAAGGAUAAUGGGGAAUGAGGCAGGGCAGAGAGCCAGAGUGUCUUUGUAUUUGUGUGCCUGUAGUGCUGUAACCGAAGGGAUAAUAACAUAGCACUGCUUUGGUCUAGACCAUGACACUAGUGUGUACAAUCAGUUACAUAGAGAUGCAACAUGUGGAAGAAGGGGCAGAGGGAACGAGUGACAAAACAUAAAAGAAAUUGAGUACUUUGGCCUAACAGAAGGGGUUUGUGUGUGCAUCUUGGUCCACACCAUGUUCAAGUGACUGUUUUAAGAUGUAAACACUUAGUAAUGAGCUUUUUUUUUUUUU